AUGGUACCGCCGAACGUGGAGGCGGGAAGUUUCGCGGAAUUAGAGAUCCAGGCACGUGCGAUCUGCGGGCGAUGGUUGACAGUGGUUGAGCGGAGCGACUCUCUGGAUCCCCAGAUGGUAUACGUGGGAAUCGGAAAGAUGAAGCGGAUGGUCAUGAAUCGGUUGGUGAUUCCUCUGGGCGCUGAACUCGUUGACGGUGGGGAAACACUCAAGGUGUGGAUCGAGACCCCUGUUGGCAACAAGAUCACACACGCGUCACUUGUCGGCAAGGAAACCUUCGACGCAGACGGCGACCUGGGGGAUUGGACGGCUAAGAGCUAUGUCACGGACUACGCAUGGAUUAAGUUCUGUAACGGCAAGGAAUUCCGAGCACUUCAAAUGCAACGGGAAAACCCCAAGCUCGGAACCGCAUUCGAGACCAAGGCCGUACUACCCGACAACGAAUUCGGCAAAAUACUACUCUACAACAUCACCAUACAACCACCCGCCGGCUCUAGCCAAAGCACCAUUUCCGUGGACCGUGUUUACAAAUACGAAGGACCCAUCGCCUAA